CGCUCUGAAGACACAAGUCAUCUCAAGCCCUUCAUCAGGCGUUAUGCAGCUUCUGACCCUGACAGUGACAGCUUGCAUCCUCCUAUCUACUCGGACCAUUCGAAGUCUCGUGCCAAGAUGGGCAUGAAUCACCCGCAGCUGGCCGGUAUGCUCUGUCCAAUCAAGCACAUGCAAUCCUAUCAAAAAGAGCCAAGAAAAGUUCAAGCGCAACUGCAAAAUGGCGAGAUCAAAGUUCAUGCAAGCAUUUGGCUGGCACUUGCUUAUGCCGGCAAUCCUCUGGGAAAAGACUUCGACCCCUCUAAUGUCCAGGAAGGAUUUUUGCCAGGCUAUCUCCUUAAACGA